GAUAUUUGUGGGAGAAUUACGAUUAUCCAUUUGACAAGACGCGCACCCACUCGGCACCCUAGCAACAACACUUCUUUUUCCGUUCUCCAUCUCUACACUCGCGCAGCGCUACUUUCUCUGCACAAACGGAGGAUCUGUAUAAACAUUACAUUUUCACAUUUAUAUCAACAUGUUUUGCGAUCUAUGUAUAAAUUAAUUGUGAAAACGGAAAAUCAAGAUUUUUGAGCAUUUGAAUUUGAAUGAUUUAAUUCAAUAGAUCACACUGUGUAUUUGGGUAUUUGUGAGUAUUAAAUAUGGCGGUGGAGCGGUGGAUAGAAUGCAAGGGAGAUCUGUGGAAGGAUAGGGCUCGAUUGCUGAAGCUGCGUCUAAGGGACCGGUUCAGAGUGGCGGUGGCCCAACACCGCCGGCCGAAUUUUCAGAACCUAAGGCUUUCCACCACUGACUACUUCUCGUCCACCAUCAGGCGCUGGUUAGACCGGUUCCGGGAUUUCCGUCAUCAUUCGCUGCCUUCUUCUUCCACUUUUUACCGUAAAAGCGUCAGCAAGGACAUUGAUGCAGAUGCUGACUCAGUCUUGACUUGUAUGCUCCAAGCUGUGGCUGUUCCUGUUAUUGGAAAUGUUUGCUACGUUUUUAUGCAUGGCCUUAACAAGGUUCAGAUAUACGGUGCUGAAAACUUACACCAGGCCCUUCUUCACAGGCCAGAAAACAAGCCACUGAUUACGGUGAGCAAUCAUGUUGCUGCCAUGGAUGAUCCUCUAAUUAUUGCUUCACUACUUCCUCCUAGCAUGCUACUAAAUGCUCAUAGCUUGAGGUGGACGCUCUGUGCAUCUGAUCGAUGUUUCCAAAAUCCAGUUACAUCUGCAUUCUUCAAGUAUGUCAAAGUUCUGCCAGUUUCUCGUGGUGAUGGGAUUUACCAGAAGGGGAUGGACUUGGCCAUCUCCAAAUUGAACCGCGGUGGCUGGGUUCACAUUUUUCCAGAAGGCAGUCGGUCUCGAGAUGGUGGAAAAACCAUCGGAUCUGCAAAGAGAGGUAUUGGGAGGUUGGUCUUGGAUGCUGAUAAUGUACCAAUAGUUGUCCCAUUUGUGCAUACAGGAAUGCAAGAGGUCAUGCCAGUUGGAUCCAAGUUUCCUAAGGUUGGCAAGACGGUGACUGUACUAAUAGGCGAUCCCAUUAAUUUCGAUGAUUUACUCUACGAUGAAGAGAGCCAAAAUGUUUCAAGAGGCAAACUCUAUGAUGCUGUGUCUGCUAGAAUUGGCGACCGUCUUCAAAAACUAAAACUGCAACUUGAUAGACUAGCUGUUGAACAAGCAGUGCAAUUGCAAGAAUAUCCCGUGCCUGUGGCUGAACUAGCAGCUAGGUCUCUACAUCAAGUUGAUUGGGAAUCACUCGGAAUGGAAAAUCAUCUAAGUAUUGAAGAUACUUCCUCAACAAAACGGUAUCCUCCUAUGGAACCCGAAGUAGCUCAAACCUUUCAACAAGUAAGCGAUUCUCAGAAUCGGUACUUCAGAGUUGGCUUCUCUGGUGGUGGAAUAGUUUCGAGGAUAAGGGGUUAUAUGGAUUCGACAGAAUCAGUGGGAUUUGCAGCUAGAGGCUUAUUUAUUAAUCUUGAAAAUGAAAAUUUUGCAAGUAUUCAAGGUGUUAGGGCUUUGAAAGCAUGGAACAACUUCUGGAAGUCAAUGUCUGGAGACUUCCCUCCUAACUCAGUUUUUGCUUCAGCAAUGUGACAAAAACGUCGGUUUAAUUGAGUUCCUUUUGUGCGUGUUUUCCAUUUACAGCUUCACAAAAUUACUUUCUGCAGUCUUUCAAUUGGUGGUACUACGUACUAAACGUGUCAUAAAAGUUUUUGCAAUUCUUGCGUUAUAUAGAAAUGUGAAAUAUUUCAAAUA